CGACUGCCAAUAUUCCAACAUCCACAUAAUAUUGGAGCCAUGGCAUCACCUAAAGAUGAUAUCAGUCAGUACCUUCACCAGUCGCACGAGCGCAUCUUCCAGAAUAAUCGGAGCUGGGUCUCUUCCAAGAAAAAGGAAGAUCCCGCGUUCUUCGAGAAGCUCGCAGCCGGUCAAACCCCCGAAUAUCUAUACGUAGGAUGCAGUGACAGUCGAGUCCCCGCCAACGAGAUCAUGGGUCUCGAAGCAGGCGAGGUCUUUGUCCACCGGAACAUCGCGAACUUGGUCCCCAACACUGACCUCAACGUGAUGUCGGUGAUCAAUUACGCGGUGCGACACCUCGGCGUCAAGCACAUCGUGGUGUGUGGCCACUACAACUGCGGAGGGGUUAAGGCGGCAUUGACCCCAUCUGACUUGGGGUUACUUAAUCCGUGGCUGCGAAAUAUUCGCGACGUCUACCGCCUACACGAAGCUGAACUUGACGGCAUCCAGGAUGAGCAUGCAAGAUACAAUCGCCUCGUUGAGCUCAACGUGAUAGAGUCGUGCAGAAAUAUUGUUAAAACCGCUGCGGUUCAACAGAGCUACCAAGAACACGGGUAUCCUGUGGUUCAUGGAUGGGUGUUUGACAUACGUGAUGGGCUACUUCGAGAUCUUGAUGUUGACUUCAAGAGCAUGCUACAGGGCAUUAAGAAGAUCUAUAGUCUUGGAGGAUCGUCCGAAUAA